AUGUCCCAACCCUGCGAUGAGCCUGUGGCGGUGGCACAUCGCCCUGCAUUGCGCGAACGUGCAGGUCAACCAUUAAGUACACCUGCACCCGUAGGAUAUCCAACAUCUCUCCAUGCUUCCCGUCCACUACGCUCUUCUCCUCUCGCUGGGCUAGCAUUCUCUAGUAAUCCAUCGAUCGCAUCUUUCGAUUCAAGUCAAUCACAAUGCCCGAGCCUUUUCAGCGUUGACGUUGGUUCAUAUUCUCGCUCACGACCCUCAUCUGUCAUGUCUCACACUGGUUCUAUUUCUGCGACUACGUCCUCGCAUGCCCAUCGUGCUCCCAGACCCUUAGUCGGACCGUCAAAGAGUGCCGGUGCUAUUCCCACCCUCGGCCUAGACGCCCGUCCAUAUUCGCGCUCCCCACCCUCAUCUGUCGUUUCUUAUACUGGUUCUGCUAGCUCAUCCUCCUUCUCCUCGCAUGCACACCGAAUUCCCACAACGGGACCAACAAAGAGCGUUAUCCCCACACUUAGUCUGUUUCGACGCCAUCCCAAGGAUGAACCAGCAGCGCCACUUCCUACCCAAGCAUCAUUCGGACAUAGUCGCUCAGCAUCUUUUCCAUCACAAACAGUUCUCACGCCAGCUCAUGUCCCACAAGCCUACUCACCAAGUGUGGCUCGACCAAUCUCCCAAAAACCUUCAGUGUCCCGAAAUCCGAAUGAUAACUGGAUGUCAUCUUCUCCAUUUGGUCCUGCGUCUACGCCCCGCUUUUCCAGGCAAUCAAUAUCAUCACAACCAGUCGUGAUGCCCCUAAGUGCCAGGGAAUACCGCAGACGAAAAUGUGCCAGCAUGAUGACAAACACGGUGUAUUCGGCUACAUCUGGCUCACCGGUCUUCGGCAAGGAAGGUGUAAAUUCACUACCUGAUAUCAUAGAGGCCUCCGGUUCCUCCCCUUCCGUCUCCCCAUCCGGAAAUAGGUCUUCCCGGCGUGCCUCGUCUCCUUCGCUUCCGUCCUCACGGGUAUCCCAUGUAUCUCUCUCCCCAGGUUCUCGGGAAUCCGCAUUGUCUGAGACAAGUUCGAUCAGCAGCAGCUUCUUCUCAUUAUCGUCUGAGAACGAGGCAGAAAAUGCCGUCAUAUCUACGGUUGAUCCCGGCGUAAUACGGAGAAAGUCUUACCCCAACCCAACCCAGCGUCAUUCACGCAUCAGUCUCGUGGAUGCCGUGAGUCGCCUUUCGCAAAUGAGCGGGGCAAGCGGGGAUACCGUGUUUUUGGAUAUGGACGACGAUCUUGGCCCUCGUCAGCGACAGAUAUCUGUGACAGAGGAUGACGGGGUGCUCAGAAGGGCAAACUCUCGAAGGGUGCUCAGAAAGGCGAGCUCGAGAAGGAAGAAAUCCGAUGCACCUACCCGCGAACCGCUAAUGGCGGACACCGCGGCACAACCUACUGCAUCACAAGAACGCACCCGAGUGGUCAGGAUUCUGGAAGUCAGCGAAGUUUCGCCUGUCCCCGUGUCUGACAGCAGGUUUUCCGGCACAUCCCAUGACCGUGAAGAACUUGUCUCCGGUGACAUAUCCACCGAGCAGGCGACUCCUGAAUCGAAGGUGGACUUGAAGGCGUCAGGCACACCAUCCGUCGAAGCACACGUCAGGUCUCGCAAGAAGCUUACCAAAUCUCGAAAACCACCUGUUCAGGUACCACCAGCACAGUUGGCUGCCGCUUCAUUACCGUGGAUACCUCGACCUUCUUCGCCGUUUUUCAGAGCUAGUGCAAGACAGAAUACUCCGAAUGUUCCCACACCGGACGCGACCCUCCAGGAAGAUGUUCUGCCGACUGAAGAAGAGAUAGGAGAUAACGGAAAGGAGAACAAACGUCCGAGUCGUCGAUUGACGUUCCAGUUCAUCCCCUCCCCCUCCUUUCACAGGCAACCCAAGUUGGCCUCACAGAGCCUUGAUGUGAAGUCUCCCAUGAGGACUGACACACGGCAAAGAAUGCCUGAAACUGAUUCCCGGUACGGAAUAGAUAAUAGUCUUACAGGUAGCGCAACUACUAUCACCUUGCUGCCUCCUCCACCUAUCACGUCUUCUUCCAGUGUAUCAUCAAGUGCGGGAAACUCUAGUUCAAGCUUGACUGAUGGUAGUAGUACCAUGGGGUCGCGGGAUACCGGUGCUACUUCUAUCAAUGCUUCGAGCCUUCAAACUACUUCUCGUGGCGCAGAAUAUUCCUCUCCCAAAAUUCCGUCGAACCUGAAGCAGAGCAUGGUAGUGCAGUGGGGCAGUGAUACUGACAGUGACCAGCAAGAUGACUCAGGACAUGCACAUGCAUCCAAAACUUGUGUCGACCCCCCUAAUGCCUCGCAUGAUCAAGAAUCACAACCAUCGUCAUCUUCCUUUUGCACUGUCACCUCUUACGCAUCAUUCGCUUCAUAUGGCACAUCAGGCUCUGCACCUGCUGCUCUAGAUACCAGGAAUGGGUUUCACGGUCAAGACCAAGCACCGGAUCCUAAUGUCCAUCCUAUGUGGACAGUUCCUAUGGUCACGAUCACCGCUGCGUCACCGACCGUUCCCGCACCACGCGCUAAAGAAAUUUCUCCGGUGAUUCCCUCGCCCCUCGUAAAACCCUCUUUUCUAGCUGUUCCCAUCCCUGUUCCGACUCCGAAGCCCACGGCACGCCUGAAGCGCCCACGUCCGAGACCACAGACGGCACCUGCUUCACCGACCGUGCCCCAUUUUCCGACUCCUCCAACUCCGAAAUCGCCGCGGGCUGCUGGAGCGUCGUCAAGGUUCAAAUCUAUAUUCCGCACUCUCCUUAAUCGUGCAGGCUGA